AUGACAGAUACUUCAUUGUUUAUACUACAAAAGUCGCAACAAAAUGACACGAUACAAGAAUCCGCUCCUCUAUUGCCCAAAGCAGAUACGCUGCAACCAAAAGACGGCAAUCCGCUCUAUUUAUAUCUACUCACGAUUUGCUCCACUAUCGGUGGCUUUCUCUUUGGUUAUGACACGGGGGUCAUUUCUGGAGCUCUAGUAUUGAUCAAAAGUCCUGAAGUGUUUAAUCUUACAGAUUUCGAGAGUGAAGCGAUCGUGUCUGGUGCAAUUGGGGGUGCAAUCAUUGGUGCAGCUUUGAGCAGUUGUGGCAAUGAUAUGUGUGGCCGGCGUCGUGUGAUUUUACUGUCCUCUGCCAUGUUUACAGCUGGUUCAAUGCUCAUGGCGUUAGCUCAAUCAUUUGAAGAGCUGCUUGCUGGACGUCUCGUUGUUGGAAUUGCAAUUGGAUUUGCUUCUAUGACAGUGCCAUUGUAUAUUGCUGAGGUAUCACCACCAAAUAUCCGGGGACAACUCGUUUCGCUAAAUAAUGCAUGUGUCACGGGUGGACAGUUUUUUGCUUGCGUACUUGAUGCAAUGCUUGCCGGUGCGGACAAUGGCUGGCGCUACAUGCUUGGACUGGCAGCGAUCCCUGCCUGUAUGCAGCUCCUCGGUUUCCUUGCUCUGCCAGAGUCUCCGCGGUACCUCAUGAGCAAAGGAAGGAAGGAAGAAGCUUGGAAUUCUCUUAUCAAGAUUCGAGGCACCAUGGACGUCUCAGUUGAAUUUGGCCACGUUGAAGAUGAAGUGGAACGUGAUCGCUAUGAAGACAAUAACGUAUGGGACGAAUUGCGAUCUCCUGCAGUCAUCCGUGCACUAGUUCUUGGUUGCAUUAUGCAAGCACUCGCCCAGCUCUGUGGAAUUAACACAGUAAUGUACUACGGCGCUACUAUAAUUCAAAUGGCCGGAUUUACGGAUCCCACUACUGCCAUUUGGCUUUCCGCGCUCGUCUCUUUCAGCAACUUUAUCUUUACAUUUGUCGGAAUUUAUCUUGUGGAUCGCGCGGGUCGUCGACUUUUAACUCUCGGAAGCCUAGCAGGUGUUUUUUUCUCACUAGUUGCUCUCGGUGGAAGCUUCUACGUGGCAGAAAUACAAUCGAUGGAGGUGAUGGGCGUCGGGGAAUGCUCGGAAGCCUCGACGUGCUUCGCUUGUAUCGCGAAUGCCGCAUGUGGAUACUGUUCCGAGGGCUCGCUUGAUCGAGUUUUUGGAGUGGUUAACCCUACGAAUACAAACUUGUGUAUGCCAGGGAACGCUGCGUCGACCAUGCAAGGGUCAUGCUCCAUUGCCAACUGGUCCUUUCAAUCAUGUCCACACGACAGCCGUGCCCCGGGAUGGGCUAUCUUUGUUGUGCUUUUUGUGUACCUCGCGUUCUUUGCCAGCGGCAUGGGCUGCAUGCCCUGGACGGUUAACGCGGAGAUUUACCCUCUUCGCGUUCGAAGUUUUGCUAUGAGUCUGGCGACUUCGGUAUGCUGGGUCUCAAACUUGCUGGUAUCAUUUACAUUCUUAUCCAUCGUAGAUGAACUAGCUGUUUACGGUGCUUUUUGGCUGUACGCGUCGAUAGCAUUCUUUGGUUUUGCAUACUUAUGGAAGGAACUUCCCGAAACGAAGGGCUUGGAGCUGGAGGAAAUCCAACAGAUAUUUGAAGGUCGUGAAAAGCGGUCGAGCUCGGUGUUUUCUGCUAUCAGCACCAGCACACACCACACAAAUUGA